AUGCGGCGAGGAACGCGCCGAGGGCGGGCGCGCGAUCGGGCGCGUCGGCCGGGCCGAGGGCGCGCCGACCGCAUCUACGACAACUAUAGUAUUGCUACGACGAAGGUGAAGCGCUCGGGUCGGGGCGCGACGGGCCGGCGCGGCGGGCGCGCCGUCGUCGAGCGAGGCCGGGAAGCGCGGCGCGCCCGCCUCAAUUGGUUAACAUUAGAUCUAUCUAGAAUAAAUAAGGUGUGCGUGGAGGUCAGGGCGGCUCUAGCGCCGCGCGCCGCGGUGCUUGCGGUGGGCCCGAGGCGCGCGCCCCAGCCACAGCGCCGCCAGCGCCAGCGCCGCCGUCACCGAGCGGCGGGCUCUGCGCACGGAACGGAACAUCAGUACGGGGCUAUACGCGGCAGACGGCGUCGACGUGAACAUGCCACAAGUACGAAAUGUCUACAUUUUCAUACAGAAUAA